AUGGUUCUCUCCGUUUCUUGGAAAUUGAUUUCGCUCCUCGCGUUUGUGUUAUAUCUCGUUCAGCUUUACACACGUCGAUAUGUAAGCUGGAAGAAGGUAAAAGCCCUAGGUGGAGAAACCCCGAGGGUCACCACUAGGUUCUUCCUAGGUCUUGACUUUCCCGUUCACUCAACACUUGCCAUUGUUCGGAACCAGGCGCUUGAGUUCUGGGAAUAUCUCUUCGAGCAUACUGGCACCGAUGUUAAAGGAUUUGGUUCCUAUACUUGCGAGCUUCAUAUCCUCGAGGACGUCCGGGUCCUCUUCACCGCAGAUCCUGAGAAUAUCAAGGCAAUUCUCACCUCUCAGUUUCAAGACUUUGGGAAAGGAGAGAGAUUCCACCAAGAGUGGGAAAAAUUCCUCGGAGAUAGCAUUUUCACAACAGACAGUUACCAAUGGCACAACUCGCGACAGCUCAUUCGUCCAAUGUUCAUUCGAGAAAGAGUUGCCGAUCUUCCUUUAUUCGAAACCCACGUCCGCAAGCUGAUAUCAUUGAUGGGUGGUGGGCAGAUGGUCAUGUUGAAUAAGCUAUUAUUCCGCUUCAGCCUCGACGCAUCUACCCAUUUUCUCUUCGGACAUAGUGUUGGUAGUUUAGACGUGGAGCAGUCAACCUUUGCCACAAAUUUUGAUGAGGUUCAACGAGUCCAAGCCUUGGAAGGCCGACUUGGACCCUUGAGGCACUUUUAUUCGAAGAAAUCCUUUAACGAAGGACUGAGGAUGGUGGAGGCCUUCAUUGAACCAUACAUCACAGAAACUCUUUCGCUAUCUCCGGAAGAACUCGAAUCAAAAUUAUCACGUUCUGAUACCUUCAUCCAUGCACUAGCUCGCCAUACCCGAGAUCGAAAGGUGAUGCGCGAUCAAUUACUCGCUCUCCUACUUGCCGGCCGUGAUACAACGGCUGGAACACUGUCUUGGUUGUUCUUGGAGCUGGCAAAGAAUCCCAAGGUUGUUCAAAAGCUACGGGCCGAGAUAGCUCAAUUUCUCGGCGAUGGAGGCCGCCCACCAACAUAUCAAGAAAUCAAAGACAUGAAGUAUUUGACACACGUCAUAAAUGAAACACUAAGGCUGUAUCCAGUGGUACCAUUCAACGUCAGAUCAGCCCUUGUUGACACAACUCUGCCACGCGGCGGAGGAGCAGACAGAAUGAGCCCUACCGGCUGUCCCAAGGGUACUACCAUCGGUUAUAGCACCCUGGCUCUGCAGCGUCGGAGGGACCUCUACCCUCCGAUCUCUUCAUCGUUUCCGUAUGACCCUCUUGACUGGGUUCCAGAACGCUGGGCUACGUGGACGCCAAAGUCAUGGAACUUUAUUCCCUUUAACGGUGGACCCAGGAUCUGUAUUGGACAGCAGUUUGCGAUGGUAGAGAUGGGGUACACUAUAGUCCGAAUUCUUCAAGAGUUUGACCAGAUCAUCGACUAUGGCUGCAAGCGAACGAUGCAUUGUGACAUUAUUCUUACACCUGCAGAAGGUGUCCCGGUGGGCUUUGUGAAGAUUGGGACUGGGGUCGAAAAGGCAUGA